AUGAAUGUCAACAAGCGCAUCGGUCGCCUCAAGCAAUGGGCCGGCGAGCGCAUGGGCGGCGAGGUCAAGACCAAUCUCUCCGAUAAUUUCAAGGCCAUGGAAACGGAAAUGGCCGUGCGCCAUGAAGGCGUCGACCGCAUCCACAAAUCCAUGACCGGAUAUGUUAAGGCCCUCUCGAAGCGCAAUGAGGGCGACGACAAGGAGAAGACCCUCCCCGUGGCCCACCUGGGAAGCAGCAUGAUUGCCCACGGCGAGGAUUUCGACUGCAGCUCCGAAUACGGCCAGUGCUUGACCAUGUUGGGUCGGACGGAGGAACGCAUCGCACGUGUCCAGGAAACCUAUAUUGCGCAGGCGACUUCGAGCUGGCUUGAAUCCCUGGAGAGAUCGCUCGCUCAGAUGAAAGAAUACCAGCAAGCGCGCAAGAAGCUCGACAGCCGACGAUUGGCAUAUGAUACCUCGCUCUCGAAAAUGCAAAAGGCGAAGAGAGAGGAUUUUCGAGUGGAGGAAGAGCUGCGCACGCAGAAGAUCAAAUACGAGGAGGCCAAUGACGACGUGCUGCGCCGCAUGCAAGAUAUCCGGGACUCAGAGCCCGAAAAUGUCAUGGAUCUGGGCAUGUUCCUGGACGCUCAAUUGGAAUAUCACGAGCGGUGCCGGGAGGCGCUCCUUCAACUCAAGAACGAUUGGCCUGGCGGGUCCAGUGUAGGGCAGGCUACGGCGCGCCGCUCACGAGCCCGUUCCAAUACCGGCAAUUCGCUCCCGCAGCGAUACGACCCUCUUCAGGAAGAGAUCGCGAAUGUUACGGAGAGUCGACCCACGAUCCGCUCCAACAAGACCAUGUCGAUGUAUAUUGCCGACUCGCCUGCUCGCGAGGCUCAACCGAUCAGCAAUGGGUACUCCCGCCCGGGUUUCAACCGCACGCCCACCUUUGAAGGGCCCACUCAGCUGCGCCAGGAACAGUCUCCAUCGCCGUGGGUGCAGCGGGCUGCCAGUGACCUGACUGCGCGCCACAGUGUCCAUCUCGGCAGCGGCAGAUUCCCCGGUGACCCUUACGCCGACUCCGAGGGCAGCUCCUACGGCCGGUCUAGCCCGGAGCGCCUAUAUGGUAACAACCGGUCGAUCUCGCCCGCGACCUCGCACUGCAGCAGCGUGGCCUCUCGACGACCGAGCUCGAAUGCUCUGAAUGGGACAACUGGCUUGGCCAAGAAGGCGCCUCCUCCACCUCCGCCUUCGCGGGCCAAGAAGCCCCCGCCUCCACCACCGCCCAUGAAGCGCAGUUUGGUAGCUGCUGCUGAUGCCUAG